UAAACAAUUGAAAGGAGAAUAAGUUUAGGGUGUUAAAAAUUUUCUACGACUUCCUUAAUGUCCCGCAGUAAAUAACACAAUGAAGAAAACACUUUCUUCAUUGUAAAAUCCGUAACAAAUGUGACUAUCACGAAGAAAAUGUACAUUUUGUAAACUGUUAUCUGUGAUGCAUCUCUACGAACGCAAUACAUUUAAAUUCGAUGCACUUUCAACCUCUGCUGUUUCCUGGUUUCACGGCAAGAUAUUAACUGCGAAAACGGAAGGCCCAACGAUAAUCGAAAAUGGAGAUGCGCGAACUCGUGGAGGACCUCAAUUAUGACUUUAACUACAAUAUGUUCAUCUUGAAAAAUGCUCUUCGGAGUGUAGAAUCACUUGCAGAUCGCAAGUUGGCUCUGCAGUGGUUGCACAAACUGUCAUCGUGCAACAAGACCCUGGAGGACCUGAAGCUGCGCAACGAAUUCAUGUACCACAUGGUGAGCGGGCUGCGCGCUGGGGAGCUGUGCCCGCCGUUCGACUCGCCGCCCCCAGACGUCCCCCUCACCUGUAUGGCGCACAUGCUCCCGGGCGCCGACUUGGACGCAGAAGGAGACGACAAGGAGUCCGCGAAGGGCGUGUGCGGCUGCUCCAGCGGCCUGACGUCCAAGGCGUCGGGGGCGGGCGGCGGUGGUGGGGGCGGCGGGAGCGCCGCGGGGGCGGGCCUGCAGCCCCCGGAGCCGCUGGUGCAGGCGCUCUCCCCGGACGGCGGCGCCUUCCUCGCCAACCAGCCCAUGCCGCGCUGCGGCGCCUUCUGCUACAUCGCCGUGCUCUGCAAGCGCUCCAGCUGACCCUCUGCUCUUGUCUCCCACUGUCCGUUCUGUGUACUCGUUUAUAAAAAAAAUUAUCUACGUU